UUAAAAGUAUAUGGAGAGGGCUCGAUAAUACUGUCAUAAUAUAUAGGAUGGUGGAGGUUUAGUUAAAGGGUACAAAAGAAUUGAGUGAACAUCUUAAUAAACACUACUUGCUGGUGGGAAAUCUUGGGCAGUCUAAUUACGCUGCAUCUAAAGCUGGAGUAGAGGGUCUGACCAGGACUGCAGCAAAAUAAUUGGCCAGGUAAAUGAAGAUGCUUUGCUGUUCAUUUUCUCCAAUGCACCCAUUCUUUUGUAUGUCAAACUAUUUUUUUGUCCCGCAGGUUUGGAAUCCGUUGUAAUACUGUGCUACCAGGAUUUAUCUCCACACCUAUGACAGACAAAGUUCCACAGAAGGUUUUGGACAAGAGUUUAAAGACAAUGGCAACUCCAGUGACUGCACAGUGUUCUAGUAAGACCUGGGAGCUGAGUCUGUAUGAGCUGCAUCGCACCCCGCAGGAGGCUAUUAUGGAUGGAACUGAGAUUGCAGUGUCCCCACGCAGCCUUCACAGUGAGCUCAUGUGUCCCAUCUGCCUGGACAUGUUAAAGAACACAAUGACCACCAAGGAAUGUCUCCACAGAUUCUGCUCAGACUGCAUUGUAACAGCUCUACGAAGUGGGAACAAAGAAUGUCCUACAUGCCGGAAGAAACUGGUCUCAAAACGUUCUCUUCGUCCAGACCCAAAUUUUGAUGCACUAAUUUCCAAGAUUUACCCAAGUAGAGAUGAGUAUGAGGCACAUCAAGAUCGUGUCCUGGCAAAGCUAAGCCGUCUACAUAACCAGCAGGCACUAAGCAGCAGCAUUGAAGAAGGGCUUAAAAUGCAAGCAAUGCACAGAGCACAGCGAGUUCGUAAACACCAGCAUGAAUCAGACAACACAACAUUUAGUGGUGGGGAAGACAACUGCGACAGCCGCUCACAUGUCAGCAACCCAUCAGUGCACAGCAAUCAAGAAGCAGGGCCUAGUCGCAAACGAUCUCGAGCUUCUGAAGAUUCUGGCGCAGAACCGGAUCUUUCACAUGAAGGUGGAGUAAGGAGCCCUGAUCCUCCAGGUGGAGGAGAGAAUGGUAGUGAGAUUGAACUGGUUUUCAGGGCACACCCCCUACUAGUGGAAAAGGAUGGUUAUAGUCAGACUAGGUAUGUAAAGACCACCGCUAAUGCUACAGUUGAUCACCUAUCAAAAUAUCUAGCCUUGCGCAUUGCUCUUGAGGAGGAGGCUCUGCGGGGGGGAGCAGAAGGUGUAACAGUGGGAGAGGUUAGCGAGAAGCAAUACACCAUCUACAUAUGUACAGGAGCUGCAGGUGGACAGUAUACUACCCUGAAUGGCUCCUUAACACUUGAGCUGGUGAAUGAAAAGUAUUGGAAGAUAAGCAAGCCACUGGAGCUUUAUUAUGCUCCCACCAAAGAGCAGAAAUAGACUCAUGGAUGAAAUGACAUUAAAGAUGCUGCCGCCUGUAUAAUGACUUCUGCAUUAUAUGCUUGUGCCAAGCAUUCCACAGGGAAUCUACCUGUAAUGGAGGGGCAAGGCUGCUUUCUUUUCCUCUAAUCCCAAUAGAGAGUUUAGCAGCUGUGGCUCCCUUUUCAAAUAAAGGUAUACCAGAGUACCCUAAAAGAUGGAAAGUUGUAUCUAACUUAUAUCCCUAAGGCAACACCUUUUUAUUAUAUGGGUUACUGGCACUGUCUGAUCUCUUUAGAACCAAGCUGGUGAAAUUGAGCAGGGACUAAUGACCAAAACACUGAAAAGUACCAGGCAGCAGUGCCCUUUCAUCGCAUAGCCCCACAACUGAACAGUACUCGUAUACAAAACUGGAGAGGGGCCCGAAUGAACGGAUAUUCUCUAAGCACACCGAAAGGAACUGCAGGUAUGGGUCUUCCUAAUAAAAUAAAAGUACCCACCACAGAAAAUGCCCAUAAAAGGAUACCACCAAGAUGUCUGCAAUAACAGUAAGGAGCACAGAUCCAAGAAGGAAUUAAGAGGUGGAAAAGUGGCAGCUCCAGCCUUAACUGUCAGCUUUGCAGUGAUACGUCUAAUAUACCAGGCUCUUCAUGCAACUCUACACAAACUUCACUAGUAACUUUAUUUGUACCCUGUCAAUUAUAAUAUAUGUUUUCAUUAGUUUUACCACAUGGCACCCACAAUAUAAAUAUAUACACAGUACAUUUAAUGAAAGAUUGGUAUAGGCCAUGAAUCUUGAUGGGUGUUUAUUAAAUGUUACUCAAAUCUAUUAUUCCCCACUAUUAAACACAAUAUCCGCA